ACAAAAUUACAACAUCACCUGUAGGCCUACGGCCACAAGUAAAACCGUCUCCUUCCGUCACUUACCAGUCACCACCAUCGCUUGUAGCGUCAAAAUCCCCCACGACAUUCAACAAUGCUCGACCGAUUUCCCCCGGAAAUACAAACUGAUAUACUUAGCCGACUUUCCGUCGAUGAUCUCCUACGUUUCCGGUGCAUAUCCAAGUCAUGGUGUGCCCAAAUCGACGACGCUGUUUUCAUCAAAGCCCAUUUGAAAAAAUUCUUCAACACUUGCUCUAGUCUCUAUCUCCUUUUCGCCGACUCCCAUCCCAACUCCCUCUACUUUGCAAGCUUUGAGUCACUCGGCAACGCCGUUGAACUCGAUAACCCUUUGAAGGGUCCCUCUGAUGCCCAUCAUAAUAUCAAGAUGGUGGGUUCUUGUAACGGGCUGAUAUGCUAUGGCAAUGCUGCUGGAACCAUUGCUUUGCUGAACCCAUUAACCACUAAGCAUCACAUUCUACCCUUUUUGCCCCUUGAUUUCCAUCUCGAGGGAAAAUCUACAUGGGGUGCUUGGGCUUUUGGAUUUGGGUAUGAUCCCAUUAGUGAUGAUUAUAAAGUGGUGAGGCUUGGGCAGUAUCUUUGCUUGUUUGAUCAGUUCUUCGACACAGAAACUAUGGUUUGCAGUCUUAAAGCAAACACAUGGAGGAGGAUUCCAGGUAUGUCUUAUGUGCUUGGAUUUGAUCAGAAGAUGGGUGUGCUUGUAGGUGAUUCUCUGCAUUGGCUAGUGGGUCGACAUCGAAUCGUGCUCAACCCCAACCUGAUUGUUGGUUUUAAUCUUGAGGUUGAAGAAUUUAGGGAAGUGCCAGCGCCUGAGCUUAUUGGUGAAAAUCUUUCUAUCAAUUUGGGGGUCGUAGGAGACUGGCUGUCGCUGACUGCAAAUUAUGAGCGCAUGCGCCUUGAUGUUUGGGUGAUGAAAGAAUAUGGAGAGGAAGAAUCUUGGAGUAGACUCAUUGUGAUCAAACCAAACGAAUUGGCACCUCUAAAAUGUAUGAGAACCUUAGCUUUCUCAAAGAAAGGUGAUGAACUUCUACUUCGUCUGGUGGAUGGAAGCCUUGUUUGGUAUAACCUGAAAGAAAAGAGCGUCAAGAGUGUGGAGAUACCUAUUGCCGUGACUCCUUUUGUAGUGGAGGCUUUUCGUGGAAGCCUUGUUUCUCCCUGUCUCAACAAAGAAGAAACUGAUGCAAAGAAAGUCCGACCACAGAAGGGAAAGAAUAAUAGGAAGAGGGACGAAUUCCUGUCAAAGGGGUUUAAGUUGGUUUUGUAGGUAAUGGAGCAGAGCAUGAUCAAGGAUAGGAAGAGGCCUGAUCCUGGUGGAAUAAAGCUCCAUUAUCACAUGAGAUACUCUGAAAAAGGAAGUGGGGUUAAACUUUGGCCAAUUUUAUGCUUUGUUAAAAGAAAAAAAAAAACUUUCUACAUAUGAAUAUCUGCUCCUUUUCUUAGUAGCCAAAGACCCUUUUUACUUGCAUGGGAUGUCCUGAAAGUAAAGGUUAGACCACACUUUUGAAGGUUGUAAAAGAUAUGGUAUGAAUUGAUAGCAUGAUGUUUGAACAUUUUGCUUGUGUCCUUAUGCAAUUUACGUGGGAUCCAUCAUGAUCAAUAAAAAAACAAAGCUAUUUUGCAUGGGUGUAAUUUGCUGAUGAAUAUUUAGAUGCAAGAAUUUAUUGUCUUUAACCUGCUGUGAUUAAACCAUCUUCAAUCCUCGUAAUUACUUCACUGAAAAUUUAUGAAUGAUAG